GGGCUGCUUCCCUGGGGGCUGCGGCCCCGGAGAAUGGGCGGGUAGAGGGUGUCCGGGGAGGAGGGUCGGGUCGGAGUGGAUUGACCACCGGGUCCGGAGGGUCCGAGCCGGGAGCGGAGCCUGCACCCUCCACCACCCGCCCUUCGGGAAAUAUCAGAACUGAGCCAAGAGGCAGGUGCAGUGGGAAAAUGUGUCUGAGUCCCGCUUGGCGAAAGAGAAACUGAGUCACCAGCUGAGGACCCGCAGGGUCAGCGGGCCUGAAGGGGGCUGGGUCUGCCUGUGGUGCAGAGGGUUGGGUGGGCCGGUGUGAGCUGAGGUGGCCUCUGCCUGGAGAUUGGGCUCUCUGCUGUGUCUACACCUCUUGGCUCGGUUCCCCCGUGCUCCAUGACUCUUUCAUCUCCUGGCGUCUUUUCGUUGGUUUGGAAUUGCCCCUAUGGUUGGAGCCAUCUGAGUGUGUAGGGUCUAAGCUGAAGAGAAAGGGGAGGGGGCGCUGACCUGGGUCUGAACAGGAGUCUGGGGUUUGGGGAGAUUUGCCUGAACUGCCUUCACCCCCUUCUUGGUGCCAGUCAUCUUCGAGUAUAACAUGGGGGAGGAACACUAACAGAAGAGCCAUGGGUUUAUAAAUUCCCUGCCCAGCUUUGCCACUUGCUAGUUGUAAGACCUUGGAAAGGCUCUUCCUUUUGCUGAUUUCUCUUUGAGAAAAUCAGAACCCCAUAAAGAUAGUAAUAACGACUGUCAUUUGUUGUGUGCUUACUUUGUGUCAAGGCGGGACACGUCCUGUUUAAUUCUCCCAACAGUUCUAGGGGUUAGGGAUCAUUAGUCCUGUUUUAUAAAUACAAAAACCAAAGUUCAUAGAGGACGUGUAAUUUGUUCAAGAUCACCCAGCUAAUAAGUGGCAGUGAUGGAAUUUCGUCCUAAGUCUAAUUCCAGAACCUAUGGCCUUAACCACCAAGCUAACCAGCCUUUAGGGCACACUCCUCUGUGAGAGAAGAGGAAGGUGAGAAACCCAAGGCCCCAGCUCCCUGUAUUGUUUUACUUUGUGGCCAGCAAAGACUCGCCCAGACCCAGCUCACACUCUGCUGCUGCCUCUGGGCCCCAGACUGGAGGGCCACCCAAGAAGGGGGCUCUGCCCUUCCAAGCCUCCUUCACGCAGUGCUUGGGUACUGGGCCCUGGGGUUGGCUUUCAUUGAUCUGUCCUUAAUGAGCAACCUCCGUCCUCAGUGAUGGACCAUGGGAGGCAGGGUCUCUUAAGCUCUGCAGGGCUGGCUCCCCUGCGAGCUGGGGCAGUGAGGGGCAGUGACUUGAGACUGGCACAGUCAGUGCCUGGGGACGAGGACUGUGCGGUGGGAAAGGCAGGAGACUUGGAGUUCUGAAACUUUCUGAGCUCCGGGUUCCUCUUCUGUUAACAGAGGUUAAAACCUCUUGCAGGGAAAGCUGCUGCCGCUCACCCCGUGUCUUCUGGCCGCUUCCCUCUUUGCCGCCCCUCCCCACAGGCUCCCCAUCUCCACCUCCUGGGGGCCAUCAUGAAUGAUGCCCCUUCCCCGGAGGAUGGGGCCUCGCCCUCCCCUCCCUCGUUGCCUCCACCGCCUCCCCCGUGUUGGCGGGAGUUCUGCGAGUCCCACGCCCGGGCAGCCGCCCUGGAUUUUGCCUGCCGUUUUCGCCUCUACCUGGCCUCUCACCCCCAGUACGCGGGGCCAGGGGCCGAGGCCGCCUUCUCCCGCCGUUUUGCCGAGCUCUUCCUGCAGCACUUUGAAGCAGAGGUGGCCCGGGCCUCCGGCUUCCUGUCGCCACCCCUCCGGGCUCCUCUGAGUCCUGGUGUGGAGGUCCCGCCACACGACCUGUCCCUUGAGAGCUGCAGGGCGGGCGGGCCCCUGGCUGUGCUGGGCCCUUCUCGCUCAUCUGAGGACCUGGCCGGCCCCCUCCCUUCCUCGGUCUCUUCCUCUUCUGCAACCUCCUCGAAGCCGAAGCUCAAGAAGCGCUUCUCCCUCCGUUCAGUGGGUCGCUCGGUCCGUGGUUCGGUCCGCGGCAUCCUGCAGUGGCGGGGGACCGUUGACCCGCCCUCUCCAGCGGGGCCCCUGGAGACGGCUUCGGGGCCCCCGGCGUUAGGUGGGAACAGCAACUCCAACUCCUCUGGCGGGGCUGGGACCGUCAGCAGGGGACUGGUCAGCGACGGGACGUCCCCCGGGGACAGAUGGACUCACCGUUUCGAGAGGCUGAGACUCAGUCGGGGAGGGGGGGCCUUGAAGGAUGGCACAGGCGUGGUGCAGCGGGAAGAGCUGCUGAGUUUCAUGGGGGCUGAAGAGGCCGCCCCUGACCCUGCCGGAGUGGGCCGGGGAGGAGGGGCAGUGGGGCCUACCUCAGGGGGCGGGGGGCAGCCUCAGUGGCAGAAGUGUCGCUUGCUGCUUCGAAGUGAAGGAGAAGGAGGAGGAAGUUGGCUGGAGUUCUUUGUACCCCCCAAGGCGUCUCGGCCUCGACUGAGCAUUCCCUGCUCCACCAUCACCGACGUGCGGACGACCACAGCCCUGGAGAUGCCUGACCGGGAGAACACCUUUGUGGUUAAGGUGGAAGGCCCCUUGGAGUACAUCCUGGAGACAGCCGAUGCGCUACAUGUGAAGGCCUGGGUGUCUGACAUCCAAGAAUGCCUGAGUCCGGGACCUUACCCUGCUACCAGUCCACGCCCCAUGACCCUCCCCCUGGCCCCUGGGACCUCCUUCCUGACACGGGAGAACACAGACAGCCUGGAGCCGCCCUGCCUGAACCACUCGGAGAGUCUACCCAGCCAGGGCCUGCUGCUGGGGCCCAGUGAGAGCAGCAACCGCCUUUCGCAGGGGGCCUAUGGGGGCCUGUCAGACCGCCCCUCAGCAUCCAUCUCCCCCAGUUCCGCUUCCAUCGCCGCCUCCCAUUUUGACUCAAUGGAACUACUUCCCCCAGAGUUGCCCCCCCGGAUCCCCAUUGAAGAGGGACCCCCAGCAGGGACCGUUCAUCCCCUCGCAGCCCCUUACCCACCCCUGGACACUCCAGAAACAGCCACAGGGUCCUUACUGUUCCAAGGAGAGCCAGAGGGAGGCGAGGGGGACCAGCCCCUCUCAGGGUAUCCUUGGUUCCACGGGAUGCUCUCUCGACUCAAGGCUGCCCAGCUAGUGCUGGCUGGAGGCACUGGCUCCCACGGGGUUUUCCUGGUACGUCAGAGUGAGACGAGGCGGGGUGAAUAUGUCCUCACUUUCAACUUCCAGGGCAAGGCCAAGCACCUGCGUCUGUCACUGAAUGAGGAAGGUCAGUGCCGGGUCCAGCACCUGUGGUUCCAGUCCAUCUUUGAUAUGCUCGAGCAUUUCCGGAUGCACCCCAUCCCCCUGGAGUCUGGAGGCUCCAGUGACGUUGUCCUUGUCAGCUAUGUCGUGUCCUCCCAGCGACAGCAGGAACCGAGCACCUCCCAUGACCCACCCCAGCCCCCUGAACCCCCUUCAUGGACAGAUCCCCCACAUCCUGGGGCAGAAGAGGCGUCGGGGGCGCCAGAAGUGGAGGCAGCAGCAGCCGCAGCAGCCAAAGAGAGGCAAGAGAAAGAGAAAGCGGGCAGUGGAGGGAUCCAGGAAGAGCUGGUCCCCGUGGUUGAGCUGGUCCCCGUGGUUGAAUUGGAAGAGGCCGUAGCCCCAGGCACGGAGGCCCAGGGAGUCGCUGAAUCUGCUGGGGCCCCUGGGGCGACCCUGAUGGUGCAGCUCCAGCAGUUACCACUAGGGGGCGACGGAGAAGAAGGGGGCCAUCCCAGAGCCAUAAAUAACCAGUACUCCUUUGUGUGAGACGCCCUACCCCACCCUCUCUCCUCUUGCUCCCCAGCCCUCCGUUGGUGAGAUCCGGGCUGUGUCGCGACAUAGAGGAGCGGUGGGAAUCCCCUCCCCACAUGCUUCCUGACCCUUGACGGCCAAGGGCAUGUUUGUUGGUACAAAAAGGUUCAAGAGCCCUAACUCCCCAGUUCGUACACUACCGGUGCCCCGUCCCCUGGGCAGGGGACUCAGGCGCCAUUACCCCCGAAGGGGCUCUUACGGUCAGCCCCAUCCCUGGGGGCCAUUUCCCCAUUAACCACCCCUCAGCCCAAGGAAGGGUGAGGGGGAAGGGCUGUCAGUUAUGUUAAGGUGGUUGUUCUUGUUGUUUUAAACAAAAUGGAGAAGCAUAAAUAAAUAAAAGGGUUUAUCUCAG